AUGUCCCCCAAUGCUUCCAUCGCCCAAUCCUCCGCACCCGCCACCAUCCAAUCUUGCCUGGCCUGCCAGCUCAAGUGUGUAUCCUCCAGCGGCGAUAUUUACGACCGUGUGGUGCCACUCGAGGACCUUUGGUAUGGGCGGCAUUCUCUGUUUUUUGUUAGUAAAAAGAUGGGCGCGGAAGAAUUGUUGUAG